AUGGCGGCAAGUUUAAAUGAGUUGCUUGAGAAGAGGCGAAUCACCAGAGGUCGCUUCACAAAAUAUAUCACUGUGACAGAUACAGCUGCUAAGGAAGCUGAAACACUUGUUGCUGAUGAUGAGUCUAAUGAAAAAGAUGUGCAUAUAGCGAUACGUACAGCUCUUUCUUCAUUCAAAAGGGUUGAGGAAGUUUAUGGGGAGUUAUCAGGAGUGCAGGAUCAAAUAGAUUAUCAUGCAGACAAUGAUGCUCGCCUAAAAGCGGUGAAAGAUGAUGAUGGUGAGGUGAGAUACCUCAAAGCGUACAAUCAUAUGUGUGCUUCGAUACAAGGGUUAGAGGCAUGUUUAUCACCUGUGCAGGAAGCAAGUGAAGCAUCCGGAAAAUCUGCUAAAUCUGAGUUCAGCCCGGAAAUGUUUGCAGAAAGCUUGUCAAAGGCUCUCGCCGGAGUGAGCACUGGCGUUUCUGAGACACAACUAGAAGAAAUUCUUUCUACGCUGACGCACAAGAAGCGAGUUAUUCAGAUCCCAAAAUUCAAGGGCGAUACUGAGCUAUUUGAUCAAUGGCGAGAUCUUGUGGGUGCAGAGGUUAGAAAACCUGGGUACAGUGACGUCGAGAAGACUCAUGUUGUAAUUUCAUUACUCGAUGGAGAGGUAGCAAAGUUGGUGUCUGGUUUGAAAGACCCAAGCUACGAAGAAAUAAUCGAGUUCUUAGAGAAUCUUUACGGAGAUGUGUUAGCUCGCAUUGAGAAGGCUGUCAAUGAGAUAGCUAGUGUUCCAGUUGUAAAAAGUCCCACAGUUCGAGAGUUGGAUCCUGUGCUGAACACACUGGUGGCAAACUGGAAUUACAUUAAGAAGAGGACACACGAUGACCCAGAGCUCAUCCGAUCUAGUUGGAUUCUCACUGCGUUAGUAAGGAGGAAGAUGCCGAAGAGUUUGGUGAGAAAGUGGGACAGCGAACGAAUCAAAGAAGAAAAGAGAACGACAGCUCCGUCCAACCUUCCAAUUCGAAUUGACGACUUGAUCGAGAAGAUCCAAGAUGCAGUGAAGGUUGCUAGAAGGUCAGAGUCCCUUCCAAACGAUCCAAAAAAGGAAAGAUCAUUUGAAAGGCGUCCAUCUGGCCACGCCUUGAAUGUGACCCCACAAACACAGGAGAGUACCGAAAGUCGGUGUGUCUUUUGUGAUAAUGCACACCAAUCCUAUUCGUGUCCGUCCGUUUCCAAGAUGCGUGUUGAGGAGAGAUGCGAGCGUGUGAAAGCAGCAAGGGCUUGCUUCAAUUGCUUGUCGAGAUUCCACAUGGUAAAAACAUGUCGAUCUAGGGGAUGCAAAUCGUGUAAGAAGAAUCACCAUACUUUGCUCCACUUCGAGAAAAGAAGUGGAAGUGACAACGCUGCGAGAAGUAAUGUAUCAGGUUCUUCUAACCUUACAUCAAAGGUACCACAUCAGAACAAAGUUGAAUCGACUGCAGGACUGGUCAAGUCUACUGGUUCAACGAAUGUCGUCAUGCAGAGCGGCAUAGUCAAACUUGAGUCAAAGUCUAGGGUUGCGGAAGGUCGCGUGUUACUGGACACCGGGAGUGGUGUUACGUUCAUAAGCCGUUCAAUGGCAAAAAGAUUGAAUUUGAGAGGCCCCAAGGUUGAAGGUGAGUUCAUCUUGGCAGGUGGAGAGGUGAUGGCUACCACUACUGAGAAGGUCAAGUUCUAUCUAUCGGGAAUUCUUCCUGGCUGGAAGGGAGAAGUUUUCGAAAUUUCUGCGUACAUUUUGGACAAGCCAAGUGCUCCGAUAAAUGCUGUCAACGUGGAUUUCACCAAGAUGAGUCAUUUGAGGGGUCUACAGCUCGCGGAAAAAUUUCCUGUCCAGGCAAACUCUGAAGUGGAUGUUCUUCUGGGCAUUGAAGACACUCUCAACAUCUUAAAAGAGAAGAGAAUCAGAGGGCCUCCAGGAACGCCCAUGGCACAGAAGACUCACAUAGGCUGGAUCCUAUGUGGGCCGUACUCAACCCAGACCGUAGUCAACCGUACUUAUUGUGUCCACCGCGUCAGCUUCCAAGAACAAAAUGAAACUGAGAUGGCAACCCGUUUUUGGGACCUUGAACACCUGGGAAUUCGUCCUAAUGAGAGUAAGAACUCGACUGAACUUGAGACUUCGGCCUUGGAGCAACACCGAAUGAUGACAACACGAGUAGGAGACCAUUAUGUGACUGGAUUACCACGUCAUCCAAGUUACAAGGAUAGGAUCCUCAAAAGCAACAGAGCCUUAGCUACAAAUCGUCUAAUAGGACUCGAGAAGAGACUGAAGAGAGACCCCAGAUUAGCAUCCGAGUAUGAAGCUCAGAUUCAAGACCUGCUCUCAGCUGGAAGAGCCGAAAAGGUAUUGGAGGAUAGAGAGCCUGACAAUCAUCAGGUUUGGUACCUUCCUCACCAUCCAGUCGUGCGAAGAGAUAAGACGACGACCAAAGUGCGUGUUGUUUUUGAUGGGUCCAUGAUUGGAUAUGAAGGUGUAUCGUUAAAUGAGACAUUGCUGCCAGGGCCAGCAUUGCAGCCGGAUCUCCCAGGGGUUUUGUAG